GUUUGAAACUGCGCUGGAACCUUCCCCUCUUGCUCAACUUCUCUCCCUGCGCCUUGUUUCUUCUCUUUCUUCACAAGAACGAAUUCAUUUCUACACUCCACUCAAACCUCACGUACUCGUUUUCGAAGACAUUCAAUAAAUCCCCAUCAAAGACAAUCCAUUACUUCGAAUCAAUCCAGUUUUUCCGGACAAACGAGUUUAUGUCAACUAUCCAAAACCUCAAAACCUUUGACCCCUUCGCGGAGGCCGACGACGAUACUGGGGAAGCGAAGCAAUCCCAGAACUACAUACACAUACGUAUCCAACAACGAAAUGGUCGCAAGACUUUGACGACUGUUCAAGGACUUCCCAAGAAGUUCGACCAAAAGAAGAUUCUCAAGGUCAUCAAGAAGAAAUUCGCUUGCAAUGGCACCAUCGUUACCGACAGUGAGAUGGGUGAGGUGAUCCAACUUCAGGGUGAUCAACGCAAAGAUGUUCAAGAGUUUUUGGUCGCCAAAGAUGGCCUCGAGCUCGACGCUAAAACCAUCAAGGUUCACGGUUUCUAAACGCUUCAACCGACAUUCUGCGCUAUCCUGCUCGGUCCUCGAGGACAGAUAGAAGUUGUCGCCUGAUCGAGAAACACUUUCCUAAAAACGAUUACUUCUUACGUCCUACGCCUUCAGGCCGUUGCAGCGGCCAAGUUACGAUAGCAUUUGCAGGAUGGGAAUGGUUGUAUGCUUUAUGAUACCCACAAAUAGAAACGUGCUUUCGGGAUGAUAUGAUGAGGCCACAGUCCUGGAGAAGAGGCCAGGUUACCUAAGUAUGGAUAAGGAUACGGGAUGCUGGGAGCACUGGUUCCUGGACAAUCGAGGGGCGGGCUUUUCUCUCGCUGACGCUACCAGCUCCGCAAGAUAGCUUCCUAUUGUACAUGUUAUCAUUGCAGUUUUAACAUUCUGCCCUUCUCUGCUUUCCACGUUCCAUGUUCCAUGAUCAGCCAUUUGGACCCGUACGAAUAAACCAGACGCGAACAUACAGUACGCUGUAACUGGA